GAGCCUUCCUUUCCCCCCUCUUCCUGGCACUUGGAGUGUCGUGGAGGGUCUGUGUUUUCCCGCGCCAAAAGUCGAGCCGGAGCCUUGGUGGGACGGGCAGAGCGAGCUUUGCAAGGAAAUACUGCAGGCCACAGCGAGCAAGCGAGGCGAGUGAAGGGAAAGGAGGCAGGCUUGGCUCCAAGAACACUGGGAUCAGGAAAACAUGGAUGCAGGUGAGGGGCAAUCAAGCAGCGGCUCAGUGAAGAAAAGAAAGUAUUAUUGCUGUUUUAAAGAUGAAUGGUGCAAAGAAGAAGCAUUCAGAGGUUGGCUUCGCAAAAUUGACGGGAUGACAGCCGAAUGCAUUCUGUGUCGUCAAGGAUUUUCAAUAAAAUAUGAGGGAAGAAGAGCAGUGACCAGCCAUGCGGACAGCUCAAAACACAAGGAAUCAGAGAAACAACACAAAGAUAUGCCACAAAUCCAGCCACUAAUACCCGACAACGAAGUCUACCAGGAAGAUAUGGUUACUGCGGCAGAGCUGGGACAAGUUUAUCACAGUAUCGUGCACCAUCUGAGCUAUGCUAGCCAAGCGUGUGCAUACAAAUCACUCUCAAGAAUUCUACCAGAUUCUGAAGUUGCGAGAAAAAUGUCAUGUGGGCGGACAAAAGCCACUAGCAUUGCAGAGAGUGUUUUGGCGCCCAAAUCACAAGAACUUUUGUUGAAGGAUUUGGAGGAGGUGCCAUUUUUUUCAGUUGGAUCUGAUGCCUUUAACAAGGGAAAUAAGAAUUUUUUUCCAGUAACCGUGCGUUACUUUUCUGCGACAGAGGGCAUUAAGCAUGGCUUACUUGAUUUUUACACUGAAUCCACAAGUGAUUCAAUUGCGUCGCAAAUCUCCACUAUUCUACAAGAGAAUGGUCUCAGCGUGAACCGGAUGUCCUCUUACAUGAUUGAUAAUGCCUCUGUGGAUUUUGGGAAGCACUGGUCAGUGUUCCAGGAUCUCAAGCAGCUUAAUGGUGGAUUGAUACAAGUGGGAUGUAUGGGCCAUGUCAUCCACAACUGUCUGAAAAAGGGGAUGCGAGCAUUAAGCUUUGAUGUAGAAACAUUCAUUCUUAAGGUAUACAGCGAGUUUUCGUCCUCAACCAAGAAGAUAGAUUCUCUUAUGUCAUUUUAUGAGUUUGUGGAAACGGAAUACAAAGAUGUGCUUCAGCACGUACCAACAAGAUGGCUUUCUCUUCUGCCCGCUGUUGACCGUGUCCUAGAAAGCUGGUCAGUGUUGAGGACAUACUUCUUGGCAGCAGGAGAAGAAGAAUGCAUCAAAAUUGUGUGGGAAGCAUUCAGUACAGAGGAGCAUGCGUCUCUCGCUCUUUGUUAUGUUCACUUUGUACACAAUUUGAUGAGAAUAUUUUCUGAGUCUGUGAAAAAACUUGAAUGUGACCACGUCACUUGCACAGAACUGCACAGUGUCCUGGAAAGCCUCCAUUCAAAGCUAAAGCGAAGAAAAGAAGACAAAUUCUACGGAAAAUUAUCUCAAGUAAUUCUGAGCAAUAUCUCUGCAUUUGAGAACAGAAAAUUCACUGAGGAAGCGGAGAAGACGUUGACACGGUGCAUUGCAUACCUGGAGCAGUGGUAUUAUUUUGAAACGUCAAUUUUCGAGCAGAUGGCUGUGCUCUCGCUGAACAAUGAGGUGAAAUGGUUUGAUUUGGUGACCCUUGUGACAGCCCUCUGUAUUGAUAUAGACAUUGACCAACUGUACAAUGAAUACUGUGUUUUACAGAAACUCAGAGAAGAGAUUGUGUCCAAGGAGCAGAAAAUAGAUCAGCGAUGGGUGAAAGUUUUCAGCCAAAUACCAGAACGUGGGGACAGCCAACUGUUGAAGCUGGUCUCUUUUGUGCUCUCGAUUCCUGUAUCCAACGCCUUCUGCGAGAAAAUUUACAAUCUCAUGGCACAACUCUGGAGGAAGGACAGAAACAGACUGAGCGAUAGUGUGAUGAAAGCAGAGUUGCAGGUGCAGUUGAACUUCAAUAUCUCCUGUGCGGAAUUCCAGGAGUUUCUAAACAAAAACCCAGACUUACUUAGAGCAGCAAGGGGCCAGCAGAAAUACCGAUUUAAAAAGGAGGAACCAGAGGGUGAGGACAUUCCACAGGUGCCCUAGUCUUAAGGAAUUCAUCCUGCCUUUUACAGAUGAAAUUCAUUGUACGUGCAAACCAGCACAUUCUGAGUGUGACUAAUAACUCUCAAUAGACAUUGCUGGAGGACUAAAAGUUACAAAAAAAAUUUUUGGACCCCCCUUGUGAAUUGGGUAACUUUUUCAAAAUAAUUAGCUAAGUAGGUGGCCAGUGGGAUAUGAGGAAAUUUACAUAUACAGUUACAGCAUCAAGAAUAAUGGGCUGCUUUCUCAUCUCCUUCACCAUUGGUUGAGCUGCUGUGAUGUCAUAGAAUAUGCUCAUUGCUCCAGAAGGGGCAAGUAGUUUGAGGGAACAGAUGAAAUCUGCGGUUACUCUACUUUUACGUACUUAAUUUGUUUCCUCCAAAAGUGGUCACAGGUCCCCCCCCCAAAUCAACAGAAAUGGUUUUUAAUGACCUCAAUUAUGUGCUUUGCUGUGAACCCCAACAUACUUUGCAGUCUCCCACAGCCUACUACUUCUAGGAUUGGCGUGCUGGUCAGUUGACCCCUCAAAACACUGCUAAUGGACAUCUAGUAGGUGACCACAAUCUAUGAAGCCAGUACUGCCACUGGGCAGCUGUCCUUUUUUCCCCAUUUCGUUAGUAAAGGAAGGGGGGCUGCUUGCCCCCAGCUCUGCAGCUGUCAUGGAUGGACCCAGCAGCAGAGCACAGGUGGCCACCGGCUAUCACUGCAGAAGUCUCUAAAUGGGAAGAAUCGACCUUGAAAAACUGACUUUUUAAAAUUUGCCAUUACUUUGCUUUAUUUCUGUUCUAAUUUCUUAAAAUAGAAACUGCAGGCUGACCCUGGUGUUCCUAUAUGAAAGCCAAAGGGAUGGACAGUGUACAUCUAUAGAACUUUUACCUAAUAUUUUUAAAAAGUAACUCAUUAUAGUCUUUUUCUUUUAAACAAUCUGUUUCACAGGAAGAGUUGACCAGUUUGUUUUGUUAAUUAGCAAAAGUAUCAGAACCGUUGAUCAAAUUAUCUUUUGUUGAUGUUCUAAUA